GCGGAAGCGCGGCCGUCUCUGCAGCCUUUGGUCCCGCGCGGCGCCCCGUAGGAGGGAGGCUGCGCGCGGGGCGGCUGAGGGGUGCGCGGCGGCGGUUGCCAGGGCGCCGUGCGCGAGAGUUGCUAGCGGGCUGUGACAGGGAGCGCUGACGGCCGGCCUCGGGCAUGGCUUUAGACGAGAGGGAUGGAGCGGGGCCGGAGACAGAGGAUGGCAAGAGUCAGGAGCCGGGUGUCAUCACGACGAGAAAUAUCCUGGAGAGUUUCACAGAGAGUCAGGAGGUUCGGGGGCUUAUCGGUAGCCUGAAGGGAGUCUUUGGGGAUCUGGUGGCUCGAGAAAUGGCAAUGGAAAAAUUCAUAGGUAUAAUGGACAAGUACCAGGAACAACCUCACUUGCUGGAUCGCCACUUGGAGUGGAUGAUGAAUUCAUUGUUGGAUAUAGUACGGGACAAUGGAUCUCCUCCCCCACUAGUUCACCUGGCUUUUAAAUUUCUUUACAUCAUUACAAAGGUGAGAGGGUACAAACUCUUCCUCCCACUGUUUCCUCAUGAAGUAGGUGAUCUACAGCCUGUUUUGGAUAUGCUUGUAGACCAGAAUCCAAAAGACUCUGAGACUUGGGAAACUCGUUACAUGCUUUUAUUAUGGCUCUCCAUGAUAUGCUUGAUCCCUUUUGAUCUGGCCCGUUUUGAUGGAAAUAUUUUUUCUGAGGAAGGGCAUGCUCGUAUGCCAACAAUGGAUCGCAUACUUAAAAUUGCAAAAUGUUACUUGGUUGUCAGUGAUAAGGCUCGAGAUGCAGCUGCUGUACUGGUUUCAAAAUUUAUUGUCCGCCCUGACGUCAGGCAAAAAAGGAUGGCAGAUUUCCUGGACUGGACACUUUCCAUGUUAUCUAAAUCCUCCUUCCAGACCAUGGAGGGGACUGUUGUUGUGAAUGGCAUGCUCCAAGCUCUGGCACAGUUAUUUAAACAUGGCAAAAGAGAAGAUUGUUUGCCAUACGCUGCUACUGUACUUGAGUGUCUUGAUAACUGCAAGCUGUCAGAAAGUAAUCAGAUGGUUCUUCGGAAGCUAGGGAUGAAACUUGUUCAACGACUUGGAAUGACAUUUGUGAAACCGAAGGUAGCGAAAUGGAGAUACCAACGUGGCUGUCGGUCUCUGGCUGCCAAUCUGCAAGCUCCUGGUUCAGUUGUGCAGAAUCAGAUGAUAACAGUUGCUGCUAAUGAAGCUGACGAUGAAGAGGAAUAUGACAUUCCAGCAGAGAUUGAAAAUGUUGUAGAGCAAUUGUUGGUUGGACUGAAAGACAAAGACACUAUUGUCAGGUGGUCUGCAGCAAAAGGAAUUGGUAGAAUAACUGGAAGACUUCCAAAAGAAUUAGCCGAUGACGUGAUUGGGUCUCUGUUGGACUGUUUUAGUUUCCAGGAAACAGACAAUGCAUGGCAUGGUGGAUGCCUGGCUCUGGCUGAAUUAGGCAGAAGAGGAUUGUUACUCCCUUCCCGAAUUUCAGAUGUUGUUCCGGUCAUUUUGAAAGCGCUGACAUAUGACGAGAAGAGAGGGGCGUGCAGCGUGGGUUCCAAUGUGCGAGAUGCAGCGUGCUAUGUGUGCUGGGCCUUUGCUCGUGCUUAUGAUCCUGCAGAACUCAUACCAUUUAUUAAUCAGAUUUCAAGUGCGUUGGUUAUUGCUGCAGUAUUUGAUCGUGAUGUUAAUUGCCGAAGAGCUGCUUCUGCUGCCUUCCAGGAGAAUGUUGGGAGACAGGGCACUUUUCCACAUGGCAUAGACAUUCUAACUGCAGCUGAUUAUUUUGCUGUUGGUAACAGAGUUAACUGUUAUCUGACCAUAAGUGUGUAUAUUGCUGGCUUUCCUGAGUAUACGCAGCCAAUGAUUGAUCAUUUAGUUAACAUGAAGAUUAACCACUGGGAUAGUGUUAUUCGAGAACUUUCAACCAAAGCUCUGCAUAACCUUACUCCACGGGCUCCUGAACACAUGGCAAAUGUGGUUUUGCCAAGACUUCUACCUUUAUCAGUGGGCACAGAUCUGCACACACGCCAUGGGGCAAUUCUUGCCUGUGCUGAGAUCACCCAUGCACUGUGUAAACUAGCAGAAGAGAAUAAUAGAUCUGUAACAUAUUAUUUCAAUGAAAAAUCAUUGGAGGGACUUAAGCAAAUCCAUCAAGAGCUUUGCAGUCGUCAAUUGUACAGGGGUUUGGGCGGAGAACUGAUGAGACCGGCUGUCUGCACUUUAAUUGAAAAGUUGUCACUAUCAAAAAUGCCAUUUAGAGGAGAUCCAAUAAUCGGUGGCUGGCAGUGGUUAAUAAAUGACAGUCUAAGAAGUCUCCCUCUUGUUUCAAGCGCGGCACGACAGCAUGUAAAGGAGUCUGCAGUCUCUGCCCUGGCUGCGCUGUGUGAUGAAUAUUACAUCAAUGAAAAGGGAGAAGCUGAUCCAGCUCUACAGGAUGAGCUGGUGACACAGUACGUUUCAGAACUACAAAACACAGAGGAAAUGAUUCGUUGUGGCUUUUCACGAGCUCUUGGGGCCCUUCCAAGAUUUCUGCUAAAGGGCAGGCUCCAACAGGUUUUGGAAGGUUUGAAAAAAGUUACCUUAAUUUCCCCUGCAGACGUGAGCUUUGCAGAAUCCAGAAGAGAUGCCCUAAUAGCAAUUGCAAAGGUUUGCCAGACAGUAGGUGUAAAGGGAGACGGACCCCAGGACGAAUAUGUCUGCAAAGAUAACGUUUCUCAGAUCUAUGCGACACUUCUUAAUGGGGUGACUGACUACACCACAGACAGCCGAGGAGAUGUUGGAGGAUGGGUACGUGAAGCUGCUAUGACAAGUUUAAUGGAAGUGACGCUUCUGCUGGUUCAGAAUGAAGCGGAGUUAAUUGAUGCCAACAUCUGCAAACAGAUUAUGUGCUGGCUGGCUCAACAGUCGGCUGAAAAAAUAGAUAAAUUUCGAGCUCAUGCAGGAUCUGUGUUCCUUACUCUUUUACAUUUUGACCGUCCUCCAGUUCCACACAUACCUCAUCGAGAAGAGCUAGAGAGGAUAUUUCCAAGGUCAGAGAAAGAGACUCUAAACUGGAAUGCUGCAUCAGAAGCUUUCCCUCGAAUCACCCAGCUUCUGGGUUUGCCAACAUACCAGUACUACGUGCUUUUGGGUCUCUCAGUGUCUGUUGGAGGAUUAACAGAGACAACGCUCAGAUACUCUGCCCAGAGCCUCUUCGACUACAUGAAGAAAAUCCAGAAUGAUUCCAGUGCCAUGGAGGGUUUCUGUGAGACGUUGCUGAAGGUCUUUGAGGACAACCUGCGGAAUGACCGGGUGUCUGUACCUCUCCUGACGAUGCUGGACCAAAUGCUGGCAAAUGGCUGUUUUGAUAUAUUUAUCAUGCAAGAGAACCAUCCCUUUUCAGUGAAGUUACUCACCCUUUGUAAAGAGGAGAUCAAAAGAUCCAAGGACAUCCGGAAGCUUCGCUCCAGCAUAGGAGUGUUUUGUGGCCUGAUUCAAUUUCAAGGAGACAUGAAAGAAAAAGUUUUAUUUCAGCUGUUUCUCCUUCUUUGCCAUCCAUUUCCUGUAAUCCGGAAAACGACAGCCAGUCAAGUUUACGAAAUGUUGAUAACCUACAGCGACGUGGUUGAUCCUGCCGUUCUGGAUGAGGUUAUGACCAUACUCAGCGACACCAACUGGGAAGCGGAAUUGCCGGUGGUAAGAGAAAAACGCAACUAUCUCUGUGAUCUCAUGAAAGUGCCCAAACCGCAGCUGGUAUCCAAGAGCUCGGCGUAAGGAGGCCGCAGGCUCUGGCUGCUGGGGGGAGACCCAAGCGCUUGGUUCAGGUGCCGCUGGGACCGGAGGAGUUUGUGCUGCGGCAUCCGGACAAACGGGAUUCUCCGCACGGGCUGCCAAGUGCUCUGUUCAAUGAAAGAAGAGGCAGAGAUUAUGUCUUAAAGCAUCAUGCAGAUACGCCAUAUGAAGGCAACAAAUAUUCGUUAUGUUUUGGGGUUUUAAGGUCAUUAUCUGUAGCCACAAGAUGGCGGUUCCUCUUCAUACUUGUGUCACAACUGACCUGGCUUUUUUUUGAUGUAAUGAUUUAUACAGCUCCGAAGGGAGCCAUUCAGCCGCUGCUUGCUGUACACACAUGGAGUAUUAAACCCGAGUUGCUGCAUUAGUCUCUUAAAAGGAUUGUUUUUCAGCGUUAAAAACAGCAAAGCUUAGUGAUAAUGAAAUCUUCCUAAAGCGUCUCAGUGGAGAAGGCUGUCAUUCUUACGUCACAGCUGAACAAAAAAAUGCAGGUUUCGCUUCAGCUAAAGUCAAAGCCUCUCUUAAUAGCUCUUUAUAUAACAAAUUCAAGCAAAUGUUUUUGUGGUAAACUACCUUUAAGGACUGAAACUUUACUUUUUUUCCUUGAAGAAUAGAGAGGUGACUCAGUACUCAGUACUUGCUAGCAAUUUAUACCAUUUCUUAUUGCCUAUAAAAUGAAAUAGCUAUAACAUUUACCUUUAGUAAGAAUAAUGUGACGGGGAUGAGAAACGCACAGGCAACACAAUAUUCUAAUUACACUGUUAUUUGAUGGUUCUAAUUAAAUACCCCUCUAUCCUAGCACUUCAGGUAGACCAGUGGUGCUCUGCGCGAGCGUGUAUGUACACACCCCCCUAUGAAAAUUUGAAAGGAAGGUAGAAUUCAGGCAGAGGAGCUAAACCCACGCCUGUUUCCCUGUGAAGUGCCCGCUACAGACUGCGCCAGUCUUCUACUGCAGGCAUUCGAUUCCAGCACUACAACCACCUCACCUGAACAGUGUUCUCCUUUUUAAGAAGAUACCUAAUAAAUUAUAUUAGCCACUACUUCUUAAGUAUACGGGCAGCCUGGACUGGCAGAUGAAAUUCAGAGUAGAUCACUGUUAUUGAUGACGAUGACACAAAGGGGACUCGAUUUCACACUGCGCAACAGAGCGCCUUGCCCCUGCGGCAUUGCUGCAGAAGAAGUACUCCAGACACACAACCUGUGUCGUUACACUGCCAUUAGAAUCGAAGUUUCUGGUACAUUCUGAAGAGAUCUUGGGUUUGUGAAGUUACACCUAUAACCGCAAGAAAAAGCGGAGUUGUGUUGGCAAAGCCUGCUUACGCAAAAAAAACCCACGAAGGUCCAGCGAAAGUUGUGAGCAUCUGCACAUACAAAUCACCUGGCUGCCAGAUGAUGGCAGAGACACAACGGCACUUUCACCCGGCCCAUAGCAGAGGGUGCCACCCCUCCGUCUGGCUGCCAGCGCUCUGCAGAGCUUCACCUCGGUGACAGCAGCCGCUGCUCCCAGCCGCGGGCACGGGGCAGGGAAUGCUGGAGGCCCCGUGCGAUGGUUGACACAAACCUCUCCUUACACACCCCGUGGCUCCAGGCUGCGGUCGGUGCAUUUUUUGGGCUUCCCUAUGGUAGCAGUCCCCAUGUAGUCUUACGGCUUGUAUUUGAUGGUUAUUUACAUUAGAAAUACAAUUUAACAAUCAAACUGAGUUUGGUAAACAAGUGAGCAAGUAGCAUUAUCCAGGCAGUAACUAGGACCUCCCUUGGAAAGGAGCUACUCAGCACAAAGAUGAAUUUAAUGAAGCACAAAUUACUAAAAAAAAAUUCUAAACCUCUGAACACUUCGGUCUUCCUACACACAGAUACCCAGAGGAUAACACAGCUUCGGAAUCACUG